AUGUAUCACUUUCCCAAAUAUGACGAGGAGCAGAGGAGAGAAAAAGAGGAACAGAGGAAAGAAAGAAAACGCGUGCGAAGGCGUCGACGAAAAGAAAAGAUCCUUAAACCAAGCUGGAAGGAAAAAACUCAGCAAGCAACGUUUCCUGUUCUUGUCGAAAGAUCCAAAGCAAGUCCACCACUGAGGCACAGGACAAGAAUUUACUUUUCUCCAGAGUUUGAAGCAAUGCACAGUGCUCUUGACUCUGCAGAAAAUAGCGACAAUGAGGAGUAUUACGUUACCAGAGUAAGACCUCCAUUGCCAGUCGGAUCUGAGCUUUCCCAUCAAACACGCACCAGAAAGAAAAAGAAAGCAACUAAAGUCGAAGAAGAACUCUCUCAUUCUUUGUACCCGUCUUAUUUAGAGACCCCCCCUUUCAGAAAUGGAAUUUCUUUCGCAACGGAAGCACCCACCAGAAACGUGGAUCCCCUUCCCGCGAGGAGAAGCAUGGAGAGUAUGUUAGGUUUGGACUUGACUGAAAUGCAGAUGCGUCUCAAGAAACCGAACAAACUUCCUCCUAUAGAUAAGGAAAAUAAAUUACAACACACUGAUGAAUACCCCUGCAUGAAGCGUUAUUGA